AUGACAAUGGAUCCUACUCUCCCAGCUGGUGGGUUUCCACCAACUCCUCCACAGACAUCAGAGGAGGAGAAGACUCCAGACCACCGUCUGGAAGUCCCCUUGGAACCAUAUCCUCCAGUGCCAAUGUACGCCAUAAACAAUGGUUUGGAUCAAGGAGCAUUGCACGGAAUUGGAAUCAACCCUCAUUCUCAGCCUCCACAAGUUAUCUAUCCUGUCCCCGCAUCUUUCUAUCCCCCAACCGGCGAAUAUCAGCCUCCUUCUUUCACGUACGCCCCCAGCAGAGAGGUUGUCUUCUUCUUCGCCAUCAUGGUCUCCGCCAAGUCGCAAUCAAAACCCAGCCUCCAAAUCCAAAGUCACUAA